AGAAUGUCAGGAAAGAACCAAAGUAUCAUCUCAGAGUUUCUCCUCCUGGGCCUGCCAAUCCAGCCAGAACACCAUAACCUAUUCUAUGUCCUGUUCCUGACCAUGUACCUUACCACUGUCCUAGGAAACUUCCUCAUCAUUAUCCUCAUUCGACUGGACUCACACCUCCACACACCCAUGUAUUCUUUUCUCAGUAACUUGUCCUUCUCUGACCUCUGCUUUUCCUCUGUCACAAUGCCCAAAUUGCUACAGAACAUGCAGAGCCAAGUCCCAGCCAUCCCCUACGCAGGCUGCCUGACCCAGAUGUAUUUCUUUCUGUUUUUCGCAGACCUGGAGAGCUUCCUCCUUGUGGCUAUGGCCUAUGACCGCUAUGUGGCCAUCUGCUUUCCCCUGCACUACACCAGCAUCAUGAGCCCCAAGCUGUGUGGGGGUUUGGUGGCGCUGUCCUGGGUGCUGACCACAUUCCAUGCCAUGCUGCACACCCUGCUCAUGGCCAGACUGUCAUUCUGUGAGGACAAUGUGAUCCCCCACUUUUUCUGUGACAUGGCUGCUCUGCUGAAGCUGUCCUGCUCUGACACUCAUGUGAAUGAGUUGGUGAUAUUCGUCAUGGGAGGCAUCAUUCUUGUGAUCCCAUUUGUCCUCAUUACUGUUUCCUAUGCCAGAAUCGUGUCCUCUAUUCUCAAGGUCCCUUCUGCUCGAGGCAUCCGUAAAGCCUUCUCAACCUGUGGUUCUCAUCUAUUGGUAGUGUCCCUGUUCUAUGGGACAGUCAUUGGUCUCUACUUAUGUCCAUCAGGGGAUAACUCGAUUGUGAAGGAGACUGUCAUGGCGAUGAUGUACACGGUGGUGACCCCCAUGCUGAACCCCUUCAUCUACAGCCUCAGGAACAGAGACAUGAAGGGAGCUGUGGGAAGGGUCUUUUGUAAGAAGAGAGUUUCCUUCUUCAUAUGA